AUGCGAGAUACGAUUGACCCGAUCAUUUUGGAUGACUUGAAUGUUCAAGAUCUGAAUGAUUGGUUGGAGGGGGAAGAAGAUGCUCUUGUAUUUGAGGGUGAUAACUUGACAUGGGAUGUAGUUACGGAGGCUAUGGGGGUGGAUGAGGAUCCUUAUGCUACAAGAAGAACGAGUAGGAGGAAAGAGGGUGCCGAGUCGAGCUCGCGAUCUAGAGGACCACAAUUGAUAGACGAAGAUGAAGAGGAAAAUGAUGUUGGGGCUUAUAAAGAGGUUGUAGAAGAAGAAGUGAAUGAUGAGCCCAUAUAUGAGGAGUUGGACGAUUUGUGA